GCCGAGUGCAAAUACCCGGCGUUCCCACCAAAAUCCACGACGAAACGCAACCGAUACAUCAUCACGGGAAUCAUAUGGUCCGGCCUUCUGCUCCUGGGGUCCUUUCUAAGCCUCAGCAUUGUCCUAACCGUCCUACUAGCCGUCGAAACAGACAACACGGGUUUCAGCACCGACAAUCCUGACUAUGCUCUGUACAAAAACACCGGGUUCAAAGAAUGCAUCAGCACACCCGUAUCCGCCCUACCGUCCAACUGUUCCGUCAUCCGUGAGAGUCUCCGUAGCGAGCCAGGGGGUGUAUUGGCUUUGCUGCGUCCCCAUUUGCGCCACUCAAGCCAGAGUUGGUGCGAGGUCAUGAGUUGUUUUCAGGAUUUCAAGAUCAUUCCCUCUAUGCCCCGGCCCUCGGCCUUCUGGCCGACCGCGCUCGACACCUGGAACAAGACAGCCAUCACCUUCUUCAUGGUCACCUGGCAAGUGAACAAGCUCCACCAGGCCCUGUACAGCAAAAAAGGACAGCCCUGCCGGGGCAUCGAAUGGGACACGUGGGUCAUCCUCGCCUGGGAUCUGGGAUCCUUCGUCUGGUGGUGCGUAGGGCUGGGCCGGUUCGCCGUGCGGCCGGCAUUCUACUCCCCCCCGUCGAUGCUGGGCUGGAUCACACUCUGGAAAUACUGCUACAUCACCCGCUACCACCCCUACUCCUGCGUGCUGCGCCAUGCUCCGCGAAAAGCUCAGAUCAUCCGGUGGACGCUCACCGCGGUGGCCACGCUGCAGUGGGCGGCGUCAGCCUACCUCUGCCUCCGCGCCCUGCACUUCCGCAACACGCCCGGCACGCCGAGACCGGCCUACGACUGCCUGGAGGCGCGCUUCGCCGCGGCCCCCGGCACCACAACCUGCACGCCCGCGCAGAUCUGCGCGACCCCGUCGCUGCUCCACUCCUUCAGCCUCCAGUGGCCCAACCAACGACUCGGGGGGUGGAUCUCGGACGUCGCCUUCUUCGCCGCCCUGUCUCUCCUGGCCGUCAUCAUGGUCGCGGUAAUCGGCCUCUUCCCUCGACUGGCCCGGCUGAUUGGCGGCGGGGAUCUGGCCACGUGGCGUCGGCGAGCGGCCACAGUGGACUUCGGGUUCGCGGGCAAUGUCUGCUUGGCGGGCGUGGCGUGCACCAUCUACGGUGGCAUGACGGUCGUGGAUGCCAUCCGCGCCUUUGGGCGGGGUCGCGAGGCGGCCGUCGUCUUCAAUUAUGAUUGCACCGCGCUGCAUGUCAAUGUGAGUCCGUGGCGGUACUACUUGGAUGUUGACUAUGAGUUACCUGUGAGGGUGGCGAGGAUGUGGUUCAUUGCAUAG